AUGCAUUCUUUCUUCCUUUCUUCAUUUUCCCAAUUUGAAACUUUUUCUUCCUUUCAAUUUCUUUUGCAUUUAAGUUUAUACUUUCCUUCCUUUUUAUCUUUCUUUUUCCUUUUAUUCACUUACACGAUCUUCCAUGUUUCAAUUCACUUUUUCUUUUUCUUUCCUUCUUUCUACUCGUUUUCUUGUGAUAUUUCAUUCCCGUAUAUUUUUCUUUUCUUUCCUAUACACAUUUCUUUACUUUUCUUCUUUCUUUUGCGAUUUUUCUCCGCUUUCACUCCUUUUUUCCAGAAUAUUCUCCACCAUUUUACUUUUCUUUUUUUUCUUCAAAGGCCAGCUCUUUUCUUUCAUCUUAAUCCAAACCCAUUUCUCCUCUCUUAUAUCCACAGGAAUUCUUAUCCUUCCCAAGUAUUGAUCACGCCAAAUAAUGCUCUCUCUGUCUCUCUCUCUCUCUCACUCUCUCUAUGUCUCUGUCUAUCUCUCUAUCUCUCUCUGUCUCUGUUUCUCUCUCUGUCUCUCUAUGUCUUUCUGUCUGUCUCUCCCCCUCCUCUCCCAGAACUGUAA